AUUCUCCGUCGCCAAACAAAAACGCGGAAACAAAAGAAAUAGGCAGUUUGUCAAAACAAAUAAGAGCGAGUCGGCACAAAGUGAGCGCAGUGGAAGCUGACAGCUGUCAAAGUUCACACCGUAGCUUCUCUCCCCCCGUCUGCACGACCCGCCAUGGCUCUGAAGAGAAUACAGAAGGAGUUGAACGACUUGCAGAGGGACCCUCCGGCUUCGUGCUCGGCUGGACCUGUGGGAGAGGACCUGUUCCACUGGCAGGCCACCAUCACAGGACCGAAUGACAGUCCAUAUCACGGAGGACUUUUCUUCCUUUCGGUCCAUUUCCCCACUGACUAUCCCUUUAAACCGCCAAAGGUUGCCUUCACAACGAAAAUUUAUCACCCGAACAUCAAUAGCAAUGGUAGCAUCUGCCUUGACAUCCUGAGGACACAGUGGUCACCUGCACUUACGGUGUCGAAAGUUUUGUUAUCCAUAUGCUCUUUGCUAUGUGACCCAAACCCAGACGAUCCCCUUGUCCCAGACAUUGCCCACACCUACAAAUCGGACAGACAAAAGUACAACAAAUUAGCCAGAGAAUGGACUAACAAGUAUGCAAUGUGAAGGAAUGUAGUCCCAGCAACAGUGACGCAUCCCUGAACACCUCAAAAUAUGACAGUACUGUUCCAAAUGCUCAUCCACACUGGUUCUAGCUGAGGUGUUUUAUACGCUUGAAGCACUUUCUCUACUCAGAUUUUACUUGACUCAACUGUUUUUACUGUUUAUUUCUCCCUUAAAUUGGCAUUAUUAUUAUUAUUGGCAGUGGUGAGAUAAAAAUAUUUUUCUUUUAAGAUAUUUACUGUAUAUUGUACAAACAGUACGGAAUUUAUUUUGCAUUUGUUUUGCAUUAAAAGCAUUAUUCAAAAUUGGAUUAAAAUUUGUUUCUUCACAAUUCACAAGUAAAGUGAUAUUGUAAACCAUCUCCCUGUGGUACAAAAUGUUUGCUUCAUUGUACUUUAUUUUUCACCAACAGAUCCAAAGUGUUUGUUGUUGCCAUGACCACUAGGUGGAGGCCUUUACUUUUUACUGCCCAUCCUUUUUGCAUAAGGCAGUUUGUCUCCUGGACAACUUCAUUUUCAUAUUCAUUUCUGGCCCAUUUGCUAAUUGAUUUUUCAUGUGGAUCGUGGUUAUUGGAGUGUUUUGUUUGAAUAAUGAAAUGAGAAGAGAUUCUGUUUAAUUGACAUUAAACUGCCCGUUAUCAUCA